AGCCAUAUAACUGCUGAAACCAAGGCAAGCGAAUCGUCUGUAUCUCAUGUCUCUGAUUCUCCCAAUUCGAAAGGCAAUAUUAGUAUACCACCUAUCUCAACACGAGCCGAUAUGACGGUUCCGAAACCUCUUACUGGGAAAGUCUCACCAAAAACUGAGAUAA